UCUCUACUUAGGUCCAAUAUUUGUUUCCCUCAUCUAAUCUAAUUAUAAUUUCUAAAUAAAUCCCUAAUAUAAUUGGUAAUUAUACAUCACAAUUCGUUUUUCCCUAAAAGAAGUUCAUCAAUUAGAGCACUCCCAGCAGAUCACCUAAAUGCAUCACAAACUCUAAAUUUAGGCUAAAACAAUUGAAAAUGAGAUAAAAAAUGCAUCCAGCAGAUCUCCUAAAUUGGAUGGGGCCCACAAAAAAAAUUUACACCUACCUAAAUUCAAUCUUAAAUUUACACUCACCCUAAAUUUAUUUUAAGCUUAUAAUUAGUAGGGCCCACACAUAAUUAUUAUUUUUAUGUAAAAAAUAGAAGAUCUGGUGUAUGCAUUUAUAAAAUCGAGAUCCUAAAAUUAAAUAGGGAAGCUUUAAGGAGGAAUAUAGGAGCAUAAUUUUGAGAUUUCUGCUGGGAGUGCUCUUAAACCAACGAUCAAGGAGAUUCCAAAAUCUUAUCGCAUUAGAAUUCUAUUUAAUUUAUUACAUAUUUUAUUUUAAGGUUAUUUUACAGUAUUAUAUAUUUAUAAGAAUAUAUUAUUCAUUAGAUAGUACACUAAAUCUAUGUGAUAUAUAUCUAUAGCUAUUGAUAAGGCUAUAAAUAAAUAUAUUCAUCCAAUAAAUUAUGUAAUGAAAGUAAUAAAUUAAUAGAUUUUCUAAAAUAAUAGAUUAUUAAAUAAAAUAACAUUAAUUACACGUACAACGUACGUUCUUUCUGCUAGUUACUCAAAAUGACUCGAAUAUUCAAAUUGCAACAAUUGCUCUAUUUUCAGGGGGCAAUUGCGUAGAGCUUGGUUUUAGAUUGCGAAGUGUGAAUUACCCUUUAUUAUAUCUUAUUCAAAGAUCACAAAAAGGGGGAUUUAAAGUCUCCCAAAUCUAUUAUAAAAAUAGAGAAUAUCUUCUACUUUUGCAUGUUAUUCUACCACUUCAAAUAAACAAACAGGUUUUGUUGUUUAUUCAACUGACGUAGCCCUCUGAUCACGGCCAAAACUUAUAAUGCUAUUUUAAUAUGAAUUUUAGGGUCAUUUUUUAAGAUUUGAGUUAGACUCAAUAUCCCAAAUCGAACAGAAAGUAGCUUUCCAUAUAAAUAGUCUUAGUUGCUUUUGCCUCCAAAAAUCACUCUUUAUAGUUCCACAAUUAUUUUCUUCGUCUUUUCCUCAUUCACACUCCAAUUAAUUAUUUUCUCCGUCUUCGUCGCUCCAAUGGGAAAAUAUUAUUUUAGCUUUGAAUAAAAGGAAACUCUGCAUUUCCUACUUCAUCAUUAAUCCUUCCCAUUUGCCCAUCAUAUCCACACACACUCUAUAUAUACAUGUAUAUGGAUUUCAUAGUUCAAUAUUCUAAAAAAUUACUACUGUCAAAAUCAAGCCAAAAAAUGCAAAAAUCUCCCCAUUUUCUCAUCCUUGCACUACUCUUACCAAUCCAUUAUUUGAUGGAUUAUAGCUCAGCCAAAACCGAUAUCAACACCGAUUGUUCUUCCCUUCUCGCCUUAAAAUCCCAAAUCACAUUAGAUCCUCAAAAUAUAUUGACCCAAAAUUGGAGCACCGAAGCCAGUGUUUGCAGUUGGAUCGGAGUUACUUGUGAUUCACGUUACAAUAGGGUUACUCAGUUGAAUAUAUCGUCCAUGGGUCUUGUCGGAACCCUCCCACCUGAAAUUGGGAAUCUUUCUUCUCUCGUUUCUUUAGACGUGAACGAGAACUCCUUUCAUGGCCCCAUUCCCCCAUCUAUCUUCAACAUGUCAUUUCUAGAAGUUUUGGAACUAAGGAAUAAUAAUUUGUCUACCAGUUUACCUCUUGAUAUGUGCAAACGCAAUCUGCAUAGUCUCAAGAGGCUUCAUAUAUCUUACAACGAGAUGUAUGGGGAAAUACCAUCGAGUUUGGGGCAGUGUUCACAGCUUGAGUUUCUGUCUUUGUACAAUAACAAUUUCACUGGAUUUGUGCCGACAGAAAUUGGGAACUUGACGAAGCUUCAAACGUUGGACCUUGGUGAAAAUAAGUUGACUGGAGUUAUUCCACAAGAGAUACAUCAUCUUCAUAAUUUAAGAGUGUUGGACUUGAGUUUGAACAAGUUGUCAGACACUUUGCCACCAACCAUUUUCAACAUGUCUUCCUUGGCAUGGAUUGACUUAUCAAGUAACACACUUAGCGGGGCAUUGCCUUCAAAAAUUGGGAACAAGAAAGCAGUAAUAGAGUUUUUAUACCUUGAAAACAAUGCUUUAACCGGUACUAUUCCGAAAGAGAUUGGAAAUCUUCAUAAUUUGCAGAAAAUGUGGUUGCAUUCCAACAAACUUAGCGGAUCAAUCCCGAGAGAAGUGGGGAACAUGACAUCUCUAGGAGGCUUACAGCUCGGCAAUAAUAGUUUAAGUGGUACUAUUCCUAAAGAGAUUGGAAAUCUUCGUAAUUUACAGUACUUAAUUUUGUCUUCCAACAAAAUUAGUGGAUCAAUCCCGAGAGAAGUGGGGAACAUGACAGCUCUUGACCAGUUAUUGCUCGACAAUAAUACUUUAAGUGGAGUUAUUCCAGAAGAGAUACAUCGUCUUCAUAAUUUACGAGAGUUGAACUUGAGUUCGAACAAGUUAUCAGGCACCUUGCCACCAACCAUUUUCAACAUGUCGUCCUUGGCAUGUAUUGACUUAUCAAGUAACACACUUAGCGGGGCAUUGCCUUCAGAAAUUGGGAACAAGAAAGCAGUACUAGAGUCUUUAUACCUUGAAAACAAUGCUUUAACCGGUACUAUUCCGAAAGAGAUUGGAAAUCUUCAUAAUUUGCAGGAUUUGUGGUUGCAUUCCAACAAACUUAGCGGAUCAAUCCCGAGAGAAGUGGGGAACAUGACAUCUCUGGGAGGCUUACAGCUCGGGAAUAAUAGUUUAAGUGGUGCUAUUCCAAAAGAGAUUGGAAAUCUUCAUACUUUACUGUUCAUGUGGUUGGGUUCCAACGAACUUAGCGGAUCAAUCCCGAGAGAAGUGGGGAACAUGACAGCUUUGGGUAGCAUACACGUCCAGAAUAAUAGUUUAAGCGGUACUAUUCCGAGAGAAAUUGGGAACAUGGAAGCACUACAGAUAUUAUUCCUUGAAAACAAUGGUUUAACCGGAGUUAUUCCAGAAGAGAUACAUCGUCUUCAUAAUUUACGAGAGUUGAACUUGAGUUCGAACAAGUUAUCAGGCACCUUGCCACCAACCAUUUUCAACAUGUCGUCCUUGGCAUGUAUUGACUUAUCAAGUAACACACUUAGCGGGGCAUUGCCUUCAGAAAUUGGGAACAAGAAAGCAGUACUAGAGUCUUUAUACCUUGAAAACAAUGCUUUAACCGGUACUAUUCCGAAAGAGAUUGGAAAUCUUCAUAAUUUGCAGAAAAUGUGGUUGCAUUCCAACAAACUUAGCGGAUCAAUCCCGAGAGAAGUGGGGAACAUGACAUCUCUGGGAGGCUUACAGCUCGGCAAUAAUAGUUUAAGUGGUACUAUUCCUAAAGAGAUUGGAAAUCUUCGUAAUUUACGGUACUUAAAUUUGCCUUCCAACAAACUUAGUGGAUCAAUCCCGAGAGAAGUGGGGAACAUGACAGCUCUUGACCAGUUAUUGCUCGACAAUAAUACUUUAAGUGGUACUAUUCCGAGAGAAAUUGGGAACGUGGAAGCACUACAAUAUUUAUACCUUGGAAACAAUGGUUUAACCGGAGUUAUUCCACAAGAGAUACAUCAUCUUCAUAAUUUAAUAGCGUUGGGCUUGAGUUUGAACAAGUUGUCAGGCACUUUGCCACCAACUAUUUUCAACCUGUCUUCCUUGGCAUGGAUUGAUUUCUCAAGUAACACACUUAGCGGGGCAUUGCCUUCAGAAAUUGGGAACAUGAAAGCACUAUCUACUUUACAACUUCAGAACAAUGCUUUAAUUGGUACUAUUCCAUCCUCCAUCUGUAACUUGACAUCUCUUCAUGCUCUUCUUCUCUCAAAUAACAAUUUGGAAGGAACAAUUCCACAAUGCUUUGGAAAUUUGAGCAAAUCUUUGUUCAUUUUUCAUUUAAAUGUAAAUCAGUUUAGUGGUCUCAUUCCAACAUCAUUUAGCAAGGGAUGUGGCCUUGUGUCCAUCAAUUUGAAUGGUAAUAAAUUGCAAGGACCAUUACCUAAAUCCUUGAUCAAUUGCCAAAGACUACGAGACCUCGACGUCGGAAAUAAUAGAAUACAAGACGAAUUUCCCUUUUGGAUGGAAGUCCUUCCAGACCUUCAAGUGCUGGUCUUGAGGGCUAACAAGUUUUAUGGUAACAUGUCACUUCCUUCGCAAACCAAGAUUCCAUUUCAUAAUUUGCAAGUUUUAGAUAUAUCUCAGAAUAGAUUUGUGGGCUCUUUGCCUCAAGGAUAUUUCAAGAAUUUCAGAGCAAUGAUAGAGGUAAAUGAAACAUACUUGCCAAUUUACGACACCUUCUUUAAAGAUUAUGUGGAGAUGAGGCUCACCUUGAAAGGUCUGGAUCAAUUAUUACAGAGAUUGUUGUCAGCCUUUACAACAAUCGACUUAUCCUCCAAUAGAUUUUCUGGGAGUAUUCCACAUUCCAUAGGAAAUCUUAAGAUUCUCAAAUACUUGAAUCUGUCCCACAAUAACCUAAUAGGAAAUAUCCCUUCAUCUCUUGGAAAUUUGAGUGAACUUGAAUCUUUAGACUUGUCGGUGAACAAGUUGGAUGGAGAAAUUCCAAGUGAAUUGACAGGGUUGACAUUUCUUGCGAAAUUAAACCUUUCAAUGAAUAAUUUUGUGGGACAAAUACCACAGUCUAAGCAGUUUUCCACAUUUGAGAAUGAUUCAUACGUGGGAAACUUGAGACUGUGUGGAGUUCCGUUGACGAGAAAAUGCAACGACGAGAAUGGGCAUGGGAUGAAGCCACAAGAAGAUGAUGAUGAAGAAGAUGAGUUUGGAUUUAUAGAUGGAUUUGGAUGGAGAAGUGUGGUGAUGGGAUAUGGAAGUGGACUCAUAGUUGGAAUUGGAAUUGGUUACAUUAUCAUUAGAAAUGGAAGGCCAAGAUGGUUAGUGGAAUUCUUUUUUGGCAUUGGAUAUAAUAAUAAUAAGAAGAAGAAGAAGAGACGCAGCAGAGCUACACCAACACCAACACGCAGGAGAACUUAAUUGAAGGCUUUUGUUCGAAUUGUGUUUUCUUUUUCUUAUUUCCUUUGUAAUGGCUACGUUAGUGUGUUU